UUAGUCUCGCUUGCUUUCGAUUCACUACCCAAAAACCAAGUCCAACUCAUUUCUGCAACAAUCUUUCAACCAAUUUCAACUCCCGAGUCCUCUCGAAAAUGUGUGGAGGUGCUAUCAUUUCCGGUUUCAUUCCUCCGACGCGGUCCCGGCGAGUCACUGCCGACUUCCUCUGGCCCGAUCUCAAGAAAUCCAGCUCCGGGAAGAGAUUCUCCUCCGGCGGCCGGCCUCUGAGGUCCGAAAUCUUCGGAUUGGACGACGAUUUCGAGGCUGAUUUCCAGGAAUUCAAGGACGAUUCUGAUGUGGACGACGAUGAGGAUAUGCUCGAUUCCAAGCCCUUUGCUUUCUCCGCCGGAAAGCCCUCUCCUGCUGCUCGCGGACCAAAGACAGUGAAAUCUGUGGAGUGCAAUAGUCAAGCUGAGAAAUCUGCAAAAAGGAAGAGGAAGAACCAGUACAGGGGAAUUCGUCAGCGCCCAUGGGGCAAGUGGGCUGCCGAGAUCCGAGACCCAAGGAAAGGAGUCCGUGUGUGGCUCGGAACUUUCAACACUGCUGAAGAGGCUGCAAGGGCCUACGAUGCUGAGGCACGUAGAAUUCGUGGCAAGAAAGCCAAGGUGAAUUUUCCUGAAGAAGCCCCUCGUGCUUCUACAAAGCGUGCUGUCAAGGCGAAUCCUCAGAAAGUGCUACCCAAGACAAACUUGGACAAUAUGCAGUCUAAUCUGAACCAGAACGUCAAUUUUGUGAAUGGCUCGGAUCAAGAAUACUACAAUUCUAUGAGUUUCCUGGAGGAGAAACCCCAAACUAACAACUUUGGUUACAUGGACUCUGUCCUUACCAAUGGUGACUUUGGGAUGAAAUCGUCCACUGUAGCUGACCCUGCUGCUCUGUAUUUCAGUUCUGAUCAGGGAAGCAAUUCCUUUGAUUGUUCUGACUUUGGCUGGGGAGAACAAGGCUCAAGGACUCCUGAAAUCUCAUCUGUUCUUUCUUCUGUUCUGGAAGAAAGUGAGAACUCAUUGUUUCUGGAGGAUGCUAACCCAACCAAGAAACUGAAGGCUAACCCUGAGGGUCUUGUGCCUGCUGAGAAUAAUGUUGCCCCAAAGACACUCUCUGAGGAGCUGUCAGCUUUUGAGAUGAAGUAUUGUCAGACACCAUAUCUUGAGGGGAGCUGGGAUACUUCCAUUGAUACCUUUCUCAAUGGUGAUAUGACCCAGGAUGGUUGUAACCCAGUGGAUCUUUGGAGCUUUGAUGACCUUCCUUCAAUGGCUGGGGGAGUUUUCUAAGCGCACCAGCUUUUCAAGUUUAUGUAAAUAAAGCUACAUGAAGGGUUUCGCUGCAGUGCAAGCAGUUGAACAUGCAUAAGGCUUGUGUGAGGAGUCUGUUAAGCUGUAGCUGCUGGUGUUUUGGGGAGUAUAUAGCGACUGGUAACCGCGGUAUACCUCAGCCAUGUGAAGAGUUUCGUGCAUGUUUGCCACUUGUUGCUUCUGAAUAUGGUUUUGAGUGAGGUGUACGACUGCCAUGCGGCUAAUGGUUCUGGUGGCGGGUGUGGAGCUCUGAUGUCAUCUGGAGCCAUAGCUCCAUACUUGAGGUGUCAAUGGGGUCAACAGUACUGGAUCGCAAUGCCUUGGUAGUUGGACCCUUCACCUCAUAUAUGCACCGGCAGCUCAGAAUAGUCAACAUAAGCUUGGUGGCAACAUAAGCUUUUUGCAGAGAAGAUGAGAAUAGCGACCACAAGACCUGAGUGAGCUUUCUAUAGUCACAUGUUUCUGCGCAGAAAGCUCAGGAUGAGGAGAAUUUGGAGGACCAAUUAGGUAUGAGGGGACCAUUGUUGCAUUUCAUGGGUGCUGGAUGUGAUCCGAGGCUUUGAGCAUAUUAAGAAUGUGGUUUUUGAAUUUGGGGUGGCCUUGGUUUUUGACCUUUAACUAAUACUAGGGAAAGGGAAGGGGAAGGUGUACCUAACAGACCAGGUUUUGGUGCAUUUUAGUGAUUUCACGGUCUUCGCCUGCCCAAAAUGAGUGUGCUGUAGAACAGUCGUAACCUCCUGUCAACCAAGCAUACAAAAUAAUUGGCCUAAAAAGCUUGUUCUUUAGAGACCCCGAGAGAUUAAAGUGGGAUCAUCCUCGUGCCAAAUGAUAGUGAGGAUGCUGGGAUAUGCUGUGGUACGGGUACCUCUGAUUCCAACUAAGAGAUGAAGGUCUCCCAUUUGUGACCCUUUUAUGUACAACUUCAAGUACUAAAACGGAGAAUGAGUUGGUCUAAGGUACAUUAGUGCACCCACAUUGAGCAACUAGUUAAUUUGAGACUAGACUUCUCCAUGCAUUCAUAAGAUAAGUCGAGACUAUAUCGAACUAGUCUACUUGAAAUAUCGAUGUAUAUAUAUUAGAUGUAUCGCAAAACUUCUCCUACAGAAUAACUUCGUCUAGCAGAUGAACAUUUGUUCAGUUCAGCCUUUAGAGUCGCAGAUGGGGUAUUUCUCUCAUCCGCCUAGAAUUAUUCGGUAGAGUCGAAAGUGGUGGAGGGUCGACUCAAAAGUGAAUUUGUGUUGCUUGCUAGGGAAAGUAGAGGGGAAAGGGAAGGAUAGUCUACCGAGUCCUGCCUGUCUUCUCGGGUAAACCAAGUCACAGAAAGCCUCUAACAAGCUCUAGCUUUCUCUACAAAGCUGCUGUUGUGAAGGCCCUGGUAUAACUCUAGAAAGGAAUAAAGCAAAACACAAAGCUACAGUCUAAAGAAAGACAUCAAAUUCUCGCUUCUUGUACAAGUAGUACCAUUUAAUUUAACAAUGAUGAACUGAUGAUAGCUUAUAAUUGUAUGAUAAACUCCCCCAAACAUAUGCCUAAGAUGUUGUUCUGCCAUGGAUGUCAUCAGUUCAUUACAAAAUUCAGAACACUCGUGUUUCCAAAAGCUCUGCCAUGCAUAUUCUUUCAAAAGGUCCUGUUUAUUUCUCCUCCUCUUUCUUCUUUUACCAGUUGUUUUUCUGGGUGUAGCUACAUUGAUCAUAAUCUUCGUCAUGAAGCCCCAAAAGCCAGUUUUUUCGCUUCAAGACGUAAACGUGGAUUCAUAUAAGCUCAAUGCCUAUUCGGGUUCAACCCUGUUUGUUUCAUCAGUAAUCACAUUGACCCUGAAUGCUCAAAAUCAUAACAAAGUCGGCAUCUGGUAUACCCCUUCCCACCUAGAAGCUCUCUAUGAUGGAGUGCCUAUAGGAACAAUUCGGAUUCCCGGGUUUCUUCAACCUGCUCAUAGUAGUAAUGUGACUAUGCAGACGAGGCUUUUGUUUCCAUGUGUGAAUGCCAGCCAGAUUGUGACAGAGGCUUCAUUGCAAGAGGAUUCCAGGAAAACAAUGUUUCAGAUGAAAAUAUUGGGUGAUGUUGGAGCUCACCUGCUGGUAUUUCACAUUAUUCUUUUGAAGAUCAAGGUUAGUUCCAUAUUGAUGCACUCCUACUGUGACCCCCAACCACGUACUGUAUUAUAUAUUUCUAUGCAAGGUUUUGAAUUCCUGAUUUUCGAGUCUAUAUCCAGCAUUCUUUCCAUUUGAUUGUUUAAUCAUAAUUCAUAUUCUUGUAGGUUGGUCUGGAGUGU